UGUUGUUGGAUCUCUACGCACGUCUUGCUUCUGUCCUUUUCACACAUAAGCAUCAUAGUCGAACGAAGCUAUUGAGGCGGCUCCGUAAUUUCAGUUUUGCCAUGCGUCACGUUCUAAAAGCUUGGUCCAAGUCACCUUCUCGAGGCCAGCUUACUUUGCUGCAAGACUGCAGAACGUACUCGUCACGUCCUACUAGUGAUAGUGAAGCUGCCGAUCUUGAUGCUGCCAGAGAAUGGUUCCGGAGAUUCAAUAAAUCGACAAUACCAGAGAAGAUCGCCAAGACAGAAUUCUCUAGGUCCAGUGGGGCUGGUGGUCAAGCAGUCAACAAAACUAGUUCAAAGGCCACCACGGUAUGGAAAUUAGAUGCCCUCUAUCCUCGCGUUCCAAAAGUUCUCCACCAAGGACUACAAGAUUCCAGGCACUAUGUGUCUUCCUCGAACUCUAUCAAGAUGCAAUGCGAUUCAUCCCGGAGCCAGUCCGACAACAGAGCAGAGAAUCAUCAAAAACUUUUUGACGAAAUUACAAGAAUAUACAAGCAACGAGUUCCAGGAAUCACUCCUCCAGAGCAACUGAAGAAGAUUGAACAACUAAGAAGCUCAAAAUGCCGUCUCUGGAGAAGCAAAGAGCCCGCCAGGCACUAUAUGCAACAAGGAGGAAAGAUUCCAAGAGGCGCGGAUCGAGCAAGGCUCGGAAGUAGUAAACUGUCCAUCGCCAACUUUGGUUUUCUUGUUGGGUGUCAAUUUGGGAAAGAAUCGGAAAAUACAGCUAGACUCCGGAUGAAGAAGUUGCACGGCGACAAGAAGCGCUCUAGGAGUGGUGGUGGCGGUGGCAGGAGGGUGGACUGAAAAGACUACCUGUACAUGUAUCAACUUGUAAAUAUGGGUCCUGAGUGAGUCAUUGAAGGCGUGGAAUAGAACGCUUCGAGAACGCAGAAACUGUCUCAUGUCAGGUACUCGGUGUCCCGGUUGGUGGAGGGUGGAUGGAAGCUCUGGGAAGGUCCUGACGAAAUUUGUGGGGAUGCGAGUCUGUUAUACAGCAUUUCAAAGUGAAGACCCGGGCCAAUAAAUGGCUGAAUCCUUUCAGCCACCAGCCUUGAGAUCUCAACUUGUGAUGAAGUGGUGGAUCGCUGCGAGUCCUUUUUCCAGCACUAUUUAUAACUCAUCAUUCCCCAGGAAUCCGUUGCUGCAGAGUCAUCUUCCGUAAAGAGAAUUGUAUCAUGAUGUAGACCUCAGCC